GUUCAGUACUUAGUCAAACCUCCGAGAUGCAGCUGCUCAGUUUAAGCCUUUUGAUCGUCCUGCUCUUGCAGCCCCAGAACUUCUGCCAGUCGAAAAGAAUUGUGGGUCCCUAUUCCACGAUUCCAAGUGGCAGGAUCAAGGGCGGUGAAUUGGCGGAAGUGGAAUUUGCUCCUUACCAGGUGUCCCUGCAACCCAUUGUGGGUGUCAACAACUGUGGAGGAGCCAUACUCAACGAGCGAUGGGUCAUAACCGCUGGACACUGCGUGGAGAACUAUAUUCCCGCUCUGGUGAACGUGAUUACGGGUACCAACAAAUACUUGGAACCAGGAGCUAUUUACUACACGGAAGAGAUCCACAUGCACUGCAUGUACGAUCAGCCCUAUAUGCACAAUGACAUCGCCUUGAUCAAGCUCACCCAGAACAUCACCUUCAACGAGUUGACCCAACCCAUUGAUCUGCCCAUUCGUCCACUGAGAGUCGGAGAUGAGAUCGUCCUCACGGGUUGGGGAGCCCACGAGGCUUACGGUGGUUCUGUGGAGGACCUGUACAAGUUGACCCUGGGAUUCGUUCCCUUUAGCGAGUGCUACGAUAUUUUCAACCAGACCAGCAGCAUGGGCGUGGGUCACAUCUGUACCUUUUCGCAGGAAGGCGAGGGAUCCUGUCACGGCGAUUCCGGGGGUCCCCUGGUGAGCGAUGGCCGUCUGGUGGGCGUGGUCAACUGGGGACGACCUUGCGGGGUCGGGUUUCCGGAUGUGCAGGCCAAUGUGUGGUACUACCUGGACUGGAUUCGCAGCAAGAUCAGCGGCAACGACAAGUGCUACUACUAAAAAUACUAAGCAAAAAAUUUUAACUAAUUGAAAUGGUUAAAAAACAUAGAACAAAAAUAAAAAAAAUCUUAAGCGCAA